AAGAGCUCGAUAUCGAACCACAUGACUCCGAGCUACAGCGAGUACGUAGAUGCGCAGAUACCGAGCCAUCCCUGUCUCAAGGGAUUGGCCGAUUUUCUUCAUGGUUAUGGGAAAACACAAGUUCAUCCGACCAAAUUUUCCAGCAUCGAUUUCGCACAGGGCAACUGUCAAAAUCCGCAAUCGUGGGAAAUACGCGCAAGAGAUGCUCUUUUCACCACUGCAUCCUUUGGAGUCUCGGUGACCUCGGAACAAUCGGAAGAACAAAAAUUGCAGGAUAUCCUGGACAUACCAAGCGACGCACAGGGACGAGUGUUGAUCAUCGAAGACAUGGAUCGACACAUAGCAUCCUAUCUUGGCGCACGAUACGACAUAUCGCCCUUCUUCUUUGCAAACCAUCUGCAUAACAGCUUUUCCAACUUCGAAGAGCGACCACCGCUAGGCUCACUGACUAUCCCCUCGAUUCAUUGCAAGGGGAAAAGUAUCCAUCUGCACUACCGACGAGUCAUCGAUCUUGGACCCGCAGGACGCGAAUCGUCGAAGCAAACGUGUACGAACAGUAAUUUGACGCGUUCGGUCACCUUGACGCCACCAAUCUCGCCACGCUCCCUAGGCUGGGCUCGUAGUUGUUGCUCGAUCAUGAAGAAAUUGAUAUCGCAAGACCAGUGGCUUUGUUUGGUAUUCGUCGAUCCAACAAACGCAUAUGUUCGUAUGUCAACGGAUUUGAGUAAACCUUGCUUAAAACAAGUCCCGUUACAUGGCGGUGGACCAAAGCUUGGUCUGAGCAUCACAAAGUUCUCGAAAUGGCAGAGCAACAGCGAUAAUGUCAUGACUACGAACAACGCAAGGAAUCUAUCGGCUGCUCGGGCUUCUAACACAACCGAAGAGCCUUCGUUGCGAGACAUACUCAUACAAUGCUUCCAGCAACCUUCUCCAGACUUCGAUGCACAAGAUCCGUCUCUUCUGAGCUUAGCAUACCACCCCAUUCGAAUCGUCAUCUCGGAAUGGAACUUCUACACGAUGCUGCUCAGUCGUUACGUAGAGCAUUACGAAUACGCUCUCAUCUCGUCCGAGGCAAGUGUCCAACUAUCUAACCUCGAAGAGCUCCUCCCUUGGCGCAGACGUUGUGCGCGAAGUCUGCAAAGAUUGUGCCUUCUCCGUGUAUUCAUUGAGUCUCAUCUCCAAGAUAUCCACAACGAGAAACUCAAAUCGGUCUGGACACCGGUACUACAAGACAUCGACCAUUUCUCCUCACAAAUCAGCAAUUGGGCCUCAUUCUUGGGUUCCAUGGUCUCGCAGCUUGAUACACAUCAGUCGUUGAUCGAAGCACGUAGCGUAAGGCGCUUUACAUAUGUUGUUCUGGCGUUCACAGCCUUGAGUCUGGUUACGAGUAUCUUCAGUAUGACAGAUGAAGUCCUUCCGUGGGGUAGUCGGUUUUGGAUCUAUGUCGUCAUCGCUGUGCCUUUCACACUUUUCGUUCUGCUCGGGUAUUUUACUCUGUCUAGGAAUUUAGGUCGAGCGUAG